AUGUUAUCUGAUUUUAAUUUUAGUAGUAUUCGUUACAGCUUCAAGUUAUUAUUAAACCCUCGAGGUUGCAUUCCUCAUUUAAAAGUAUCAGAUUUUAAUUCUUUACCUAUACCUCUUCCGUCACAUAUUAAAGGAAUAGUUCUUGAUAAAGAUAAUUGCUUUGCUGCACCUCGUGAACUUUCUGUUUGGCCUGAAUAUGAAGAGCAUUUCAAUCGUCUGAAAAAGUAUUAUUCUCCUAAAGCUCUUCUUAUUGUUAGUAAUAGUGCAGGCUCAACAGUAAGUGACAAGAACUUUGAAUUAGCAAAAGAAGUAGAAAAAAAUACUGGAGUAACCGUUCUACGACAUAACACCAAAAAGCCUGGAUGCCAUGAGGAAGUAAUUGAUUAUUUUUUAAAGAAUAAAAUAAUAGAGCAUCCUUCGGAAAUUGCUGUUAUAGGUGAUCGAUUACUAACCGAUAUUGUAAUGGCACGAACCAUGAACAGCUUUGGAGUUUGGAUAGAAAAUGGUGUUUAUAAGAGUAAUAGUAUAUUUUCAAAAAUAGAAUACAUGUUAUAUAAAAAAUUUUCAGGAAAAUAG